AGAGAAAAAGAGUUCAUAGACAUUGACAUGGAGAUCAAAAAGUCAUGGAAAUUAAUUUUCAUUUUAAUUUUAUACAUUACUCACCCUCUGCUCGGCUGUGAUGUCAGGUGGUUUGGAUCUGAUUGCCAGGAUAACUACCGCUGUAGUAACGAGUCCUGGUACAAGAGGGACUCUGUAGUGUCACACUGUGAAGACGACAGGAAACUCGAAGCGAGAGCUCUGAGCCGUUUUCCCCAUGAAGUCAUACGCAAUGAGAGCGAAGAGAGCCUGAAUAUGAGCCAGACAAACUUCACCAAAAACUUAAAUACGUGCCCGGUUAAGGAAAGCGUCGAGUUGAUGUGUUUUAGUAACAUCACUAAUCGCUGCGAAAUCGGAUGGUUUGAACCUCAGUGUCAGGAUAAGUGCAGCAGUAGAAACGACUCGAUUGUUUCGUUCGUGAACGAGGCUAAACCUAUGGACAGCAGCAGAGACGGUAAGAGCACUGUGAGGAGUUGCCCCCGUGACUUUUGA